GCAGGUUGGGCAAUGCUACAGUUGUCCCAGAUACGAAAGAAACUGCCACGGACAAAUGGCGAGCAUCAAUGGGUGUAACUUGACAUCAAGAAACGCCAAUGUCAGUAAACGCCCCUAAAUGCAUAUGCAAUUACACCCUUCUCUCUCACAUGUUGGGCUGUCCAGGCUGGAUAGCUACAGGCAGAGUGCAUCGAUACAUUUUCAGCGUACACUGCCGUGCAGUUGCAGCGUCAUUGUGCAAACUGUUUGAAUGAAUUUCGGUGUAGCUACUAGCUAGCUGGACAGAAUCAUAUCGUAGCCAACUACACCCGACAGCGAAUUCGCGCCCCGGUGACUGGAGUUUGAGAAUAGCAAACAAAACAGCCUAAAAGAUGACCGUAUUUACAGUGAAUGUGAAAUGGGGAAAAGAGAAGUUUGAUGCAAUAGAGCUGAACACAGAAGAACCUCCCAUGGUAUUCAAGGCUCAGCUCUUUGCCUUGACCGGGGUACAACCAGAGAGACAGAAGGUUAUGGUCAAGGGAGGCACACUUAAGGAUGAUGACUGGGGAAACAUCAAAUUAAAGAAUGGGAUGACUCUGUUGAUGAUGGGCUCAGCGGAGGCCCUGCCCGAGGAGCCUGCAGUCAGGCCCAUGUUUGUAGAGGACAUGACUGAGGACCAGCUGGCCUCAGCUAUGGAGAUGCCUUGUGGACUGACCAACCUGGGAAACACCUGCUAUAUGAACGCUACAGUGCAGUGUCUUCGCUCCGUACCAGAGCUCAAAGGAGCCCUCAGAAGGUACGCAGGUGCUCUGGGGUCCUCAGGGGCCAACGCAUCAUCCCAGUACAUCACAGCAGCCCUCCGUGAUCUCUACGAGACCAUGGACGAAACUUCCUCCAGCAUACCCCCAAUCAUCCUGCUGCAGUUCCUGCACAUGGCUUUCCCCCAGUUCGCUGAGAAGGGAGACCAAGGACAGUACCUUCAGCAGGAUGCCAACGAGUGCUGGCUGCAGAUGAUGCGAGUUCUUCAGCAGAAGUUAGAACCACAAGACCCAGACGCUCCCAUGGAGACUGACACUGAGAGUGGGGCUGCUGCUGUCGCUGCCAAGAAGAACUUCAUUGACCAGUAUUUUGGAGUGGAGUAUGAAACCACUAUGAAAUGUACAGAGUCUGAAGAUGAGGAGCCAGCUAAAGGUAAAGAGAGCCAGCUUCAACUCAGCUGUUUCAUCAACCAGGAGGUCAAAUACCUGGCCACCGGGCUCAGGCUGAGACUGCAGGAAGAAAUCACCAAGCUGUCCCCAUCUUUGCAAAGAAAUGCCCUGUACAUAAAAUCUUCUAAAGUCAGCCGCCUCCCUGCCUACCUGACCAUUCAGAUGGUUCGCUUUUUCUACAAAGAGAAGGAAUCUGUCAAUGCCAAAGUCCUAAAGGAUGUCAAGUUCCCACUGAUGCUGGAUGUGUAUGAGCUGUGUACCUCUGAGCUGCAAGAGAAGAUGGUGGCAGUCAGGUCAAAGUUCAAGGAGAUUGAGGACAAGAAGCUGGAGAAACAGUCACAGAAGCAGGUGGAGAAGAAAGUGGGAGACAAACCGAAGGAAGUGAAAUAUGAGCCCUUUUCAUUCGAUGACGACCUGGGCUCCAACAACAGCGGUUACUACGACUUGCAGGCAGUGCUGACACACCAGGGCCGAUCCAGCUCCUCCGGACACUAUGUCGGCUGGGUCAAGAGGAAAGAAGACGAGUGGGUGAAGUUUGAUGACGACAAGGUGAGUGUGGUGUCUCCAGAGGAUAUACUGAGGCUGUCCGGUGGAGGAGACUGGCAUAUAGCCUACGUCCUACUGUACGGACCCCGACGACUGGAAAUACUUGAAGAGGAGAAACCGUAAUCAACCUAAUGCAAAAAACUAAUCUAACCAACAAAUGCCAUUUCCAAGCACUGUCUACCCUGCAUAGAUGUGCAAUAAAUUCUGGGUGUCUUUAUAAAGUAACUUUGACAAGAUGUUUGUAAAGCCAUCCUAUAUCAACAUGAGUGGAGGAAGGUUUUAAAUGGUUUAUUGAGCCAGGCAAUCUCUGGACUGGAUCAUUGAGCGGUUGAGUUUCUAGUUCUGCAGUUUCAUUGUUUUAUACACAUUGUAUAUUUUUUAAAUCCUUGGACAAGGUGCUCAUGUCAGUACUUCUCUGUAGUCAUAACUAAUCAGCUGUACAGUCUUUGGCCAAGUGAUCCUAUCUGGUUCAGGUGUCUUUCAAUUUACCCUGUACCUUUAAUUCAAAUGUAUUGGAGACCACCCUAUCACCUACAGUGCCCACUAUUCAAACCAUAAUGAAUUCUUACACCCCUUGCAUCUCUUUUGGAAACAGAACUGUCUUGCACAUUGCUUUCGUCAUUGUGAUUUGUCAUCAUACGAGCGGUUCAAUACCUAAUACAGUGUGACUAUAACGCUUCUCUCUCAUACAUGCAGUCAUUAUCCUGAUGGCUUUUCAUAAAUGGUGAAAAUAAACUUAUACCAAACCAUG